AGUUUGACAGGACAACACCCAAAUGUUAAACGAAACCAUACAAUCUGGACUUUUCCGCUAAAUUUAGAAUUGUAUUAUUAGAUUUGAGUACUUCGAGAAAAGUGAAGAAAAUUCUUAUGGGAAGCCGUAUAUAUAAAUCGUUCCUACUGGUCCACGUGCCAGAAACCUUAAAAGUAGCACAAGUGAAUAACGACCUAACCUAUACAACUGCAUCUAUUUUUGCGAAAUUUUCUGUAAUAGCUUUGAAAUAUGGAUAUAACAGAGUGUGAAAAAUAUAAAGAGCAAGGGAACGAAGCUUUUAAAAACAAUCAAUGGGACGAAGCGGUGAAACAUUACACCAAGGCAAUCAAUAGUGUGAAAGGUGAACCCAAAGAAUUGGCUAUCUACUACAAAAAUCGUUCGGCGGCCUAUGUGAAACAGGAGAACUUCGAAAAUGCCGUUAAGGACUGCGACAGAAGCCUUGAAAUCUGUCCAAAUGACCCUAAAGCACUAUUUCGGAGAUGUCAAGCCUUGGAAUCUCUUGAGAGGUUUGAAGAGGCAUAUAGAGAUGCAACCCAAAUAUUCAAAGAUGAUCCCACCAAUAAAGCUGUCCAACCCUAUUUGCAGCGUCUUCAUCGAAUCGUUGAGGAAAGAGCAAGAAUAAAUUCGCAGACAAACAAUAAAUUGGAAAGCAUGUUAAAGAUAGUGUUUGACCCGAGUAAUGACAAAGAAAAACGAGAAACUGCCAUGACAAAUUUACUGGUACUGGCGAAAGAGAACGCCGGUAGCGAUCUGAUGGUCAAUAAGAGCCCCAUAGUGCAAAAAAUAAAAAAUCUUCUUAAAAUGGAAAAAAAUCAAGUCCUGUAUCUGACUGGAAUUAGAAUAAUUGGCGAACUAUGUAAACAUUCUGAAGAAAAAACGAAAACAAUAUUAAAAGACGUUGGGAUUCCAUGGUUUUUGGAGAUAAUCGAUUCGGAGAAUAAGGAAGUUGUGAAUGCUGCCCAGUAUUGUUUACAGUGCAUUCUCAAUACUUUAUCUGGCAUGGAAAAUAAGACAGAUACAAAGCCCAAGCAGGAACUAGUAGAUAAAAAUAAAUCUACCAUUGACACGUUGCUCACUUGCCUGACUGUAUCAAUUAAUAAUCAGGCUAUAACGGGGCUCGCACGGGAUGCAAUUAUUGAACUACUAAUCAGAAAUAUUCAUUACAACACUCUGAGCUGGGCUGAGCAACUGGUGGAAAAAGGAGGAGUUAGAAAACUGUUGGAUUGUGCCAGUGAAUUGGAAGAGUAUCAUUACGAAAGUGCCAUGAAUAUCACAGCAUCUACCAGGACGAUUGCCGCCGUUUGUUUAGCCAGAGUUUAUGAAAACAUGUACUAUGACAAAGCUAGAGACAAUUUCCUAAACAAAAUCCAAGAAUUCAUCAAAGACAAAUUAUUAACGCCCGACAUUGAGAGCAAAGUGAGAGUAGUUGUUGCCAUUACCGAACUUCUCAGGGGUCCUUUGGACUUAGGAAAUUCGAUAAUUGGAAAAGAGGGCAUCUUGGAAAUGAUUCUCGUUAUGGCAAAUACUGAAGAUGAUGAACUGCAGCAAAAAGUCGCGUGUGAAUGUUUAAUAGCAGCCGCCAGCAAAGCAGAUAAGGCUAAAAGUAUAGUCUCACAAGGUGCUGAUAUAUUGAAAAAACUGUACAAGUCUAAAAACGACCAUAUCAAAAUCCGGGCUCUAGUCGGACUGUGCAAAUUAGGUAGUUCAGGUGGAAAUGAUGCAACAGUGAAACCAUUCGCCGAAGGAUCAACGGUGAAACUGGCCGAAGCUUGUCGAAGAUUCCUACUUCAUCCAGGAAAAGACAAAGAUAUUCGAAAAUGGGCUGCCGAAGGACUUUCAUAUUUAACAUUAGACGCAGAAGUGAAGGAGAAACUCAUAGAGGACAAAGCUGCAUUGAGAGCUCUGGUAGAGUUGGCUAAAAGUGGCGAUCAAAGUGUGGUUUACGGUGUUGUCACCACUUUAGUCAAUCUUUGCAAUGCAUAUGAAAAACAAGAAGUUAUACCCGAAAUGGUGGAAUUGGCAAAGUUUGCCAAACAACACAUACCGGAAGAGCAUGAGCUUGACGACCCGGACUUCAUCACUAAGAGACUGAUAGCCUUAGGCCAGGAAAAUGUUACUACUGCUCUUGUAGCGCUGUCCAAAACUGAAAGUCCCAAUUCCAGGGAAUUGAUCUCGAGGGUUUUUAAUGCUUUGGCUUCAGAGCAUGAUUUAAGAGGAGUUAUAGUGCAGCAAGGGGGUGUAAAGGUGUUAAUUCAGUUGGCUUUAAAUGGAACUGAUAAGGGCAAACGUCAAGCAUCUCAAGCACUUGCUAGAAUCGGCAUCACCAUGAAUCCAGAAGUAGCCUUUACAGGCCAGAGGUCUUUAGAAUGCAUUAGGCCGAUGAUUUCCUUACUGCAUCAAGACUGUACAGGCCUAGAAAACUUUGAGGCUCUAAUGGCGCUCUGUAAUAUUGCCCAGAUGGGUGAAACUGCCCGGCAAAGGAUAGUGAAAGAAGGUGGCUUCUACAAAAUAGAACACUACAUGUAUGAAGAUCAUGAAUACAUUUCAAGGGCUGCUGUGCAGUGCAUGUGCAAUUUGGUUCAGAGUGAAGAUGUCGUAAAGACCUUUUAUGAGUCGGAAAAUGACAGAGUUAAAUUUGUGGUGUCCUGUUGUUUGGAUGAAGACCAAGAUACAGCCAUGGCGGCCAGUGGGAUGCUGGCAGUCCUCACAGGCUACAGCGAGAAGUGCUGCCAGAAGGUGUUUGAUUCAAAAAAUUGGCUCGAAGCCAUCCAGUGCUUACUGGCGAACAAAACGCCAAGUUUCCAAUACAGGGGAGUGUGUAUUGUGGCUAACAUCGUCAAUGCAAGUAAGGAAUUGGCCAGUAAGCUGAUGGAAAGCAAUGUACUUGAAAUAUUAAUGGCGUUGAAACUAGUCCCUGACGAGGAUGGUAGCAGACAGAAAAUCAUCGAGGUUAUUGAGCACACAUUGAAAACCUGCCAAGGUUAUGGGUUUAUUAAAAAUCCUAACGAAUAGCUCAGGACUUUUUUAACUGUUAGUUGCAAGUCUUUUUGUCACGAAGCAUUCGGGCGCCAGUACAGUGUAGGUUUAUCUUAAUUGUAUUUAUGGAACUAUUAUUAAAAUUUAUCGAAACAA